UCCAUUGGAUCUGAUCAAAACAGUAAACCACAGUGAGCGUUACGUGGAUGCUAGGAUGGGUGUUACCUAAUUUAGCGUGCGAGAUACCGAUCAGUGCGCUCGAAUUUUUGUUUCUUCUCAUAGCGUCUUACUUUGCGUCGCGAGUCGCGACAAGAAGAUUCCAUUUUUCUCGACACAUUAUAUCUUGUGCAGCGUAACACGAAACGAGCAAUAUGCCGGUCUUUCAUACCAAGACUAUCGAGAGUAUCCUCGAGCCCGUGGCUCAGCAGGUUUCUAGGCUUGUUAUUUUACAUGAAGAAGCUGAAGAUGGUAAUGCGAUGCCAGAUUUGGGACGGCCUGUACAGGCUGUCAGUAUGGCUGUAACCAAUCUUGUAAAAGUUGGAAAAGAAACAAUAAACUCGUCUGAUGAUGCAUUACUCAAGCAAGACAUGCCAGCGGCGCUACAACGUGUUGAGGGUGCUUCUCGUCUUCUAGAGGAAGCAUCAGCCAUGUUGAAACAAGAUCCAUACUCUGGCCCUGCCAGGAAGAAACUCAUAGAAGGGUCACGUGGUAUUUUACAAGGUACUAGCUCUUUGCUUCUCUGUUUCGAUGAGAGCGAGGUACGGAAGAUUAUACGAGAAUGCAAGCGUGUAUUAGAUUAUCUGGCUGUUACUGAAGUUAUCGAGACGAUGGAAGAUUUGGUCCAUUUUCUUAAAAACUUAAGCCCGUGUCUUAGCAAAGUAUCGAGAGAAGUGAGUGCUCGCGAGAAAGAAUUGACACAUCAAGUGCAUAGGGAGAUAUUAGUGCGUUGUUUGGAGCAAGUCAAAACACUUGCUCCAAUUUUGAUCUGCUCCAUGAAGAUCUUCAUUCACAUUAUCUCACAAGGUGGGAAAGGCGCGGACGAAGCGGCGGAAAAUCGCAACUACUUGUCCGGGAGAAUGUCUGACGAACUGAAUGAAAUUAUUCGAGUUUUACAAUUAACGACGUAUGAUGAAGAGGAAUGGGAAGCCGAUCAGUUGACUGUGUUGAAAAAAGCUCAAAGUGCCAUAGAAUCUCGAAUACGGGCCGCUUAUGAUUGGUUGGACGACGGACUGGCUCUGAGAGGAGGAGUAGGAGAGAAGAGUCUUCGCCAGAUAAUAGAACAGGCGUCGCGUUUGUCGGAACGUUAUCUGCCUCCGUCGCAGGCGGAACCCAUGUCUAAACUGGCCUCUCAGAUAAUCACUAUGACUGACGCUCUCUGCGAAUUGCGUCAAAACGAAAAAGGCACUACACCGCAAGCGGAAGCCUUAGCACGCAGUAUUAAAGAGAAAUUAAACGAGCUCCGCGGCUCGGUAGCGUCCGCUUUGGUAGCAGCAGAUAAAUCGGGGACCGCACAAACAGCACACACAGUAGCAGGUCGUUUAGAGCAAGCGAAUAAAUGGCUUCUGAAUCCGCAACACGAUGACAAGGGACUCGGUAAAAGGGCUAUAGCUUUAAUAAUACACGAAGGAAAGAAGAAUGAGCAACAUAGUGAAAAUGUGGCCGAGGGUUUACCGGGUAUACACAAGGCGGAGAUUCUGCAACUGUGCGACGAAGUGGAUAGUCUGUCGCAUCAGCUUGCCGAUCUGUGCGCCCACGGUCAGGGCAAUACUCCGCGCGCUCAGGACAUCGCCCGGCAGCUGUCUCACAAGCUCUACGAGUUGAAGAACAGAAUACAACAAGCCGUUGUGUCCCGUGUCGUUGAAGAUUUUAUCGACAUCACUACACCCCUCAAACAAUUUACGGAUGCCGUUUUGGCCCCCGUCGGCACACUAGGACGCGAUCAGAACUUCAACGAUAAAACUUACGCACUGCAGACGUUUUCUAACAGAGCGGCAAAGACAGCGAGGAUGGUCGCGGCUGGCGGAAGCGGUGGAAACAAAAAAUUGGCCGAGGCGCUAGCCGCUAGUGCCUCGCAAGUGGAAUCUCUGACACCGCAGUUGAUCAAUGCCGGACGAAUUCGUAUGACGUAUCCGGACAGCAAAGCCGCAGAUGAACACUUUGAGAAUUUACGUCAACAGUAUGCAGAAACGAUGCAAAGAGCGCGAGCAUUGUGCGACGAGGCGACCGACAGCGGCGACUUUAUCAGGACCUCGGAAGAACAGAUGCAGAAACAUGCAUUCCUUUGCGAGGAAGCCAUAGCCAAGGCUCUGCCGCAGAAAAUGGUCGACAAUACGGCAUCUAUCGCACGUCUCGCCAAUCGUGUCAUACUCGUCGCAAAGCAAGAAAGCGACAAUAGCGAGGAUCCUGCCUUUAUUCAGCGAGUAAAUCAUGCUACUGAUGUUCUACAGAAUAGUGUCGCUCCAAUGGUACAAGAUGCAAAAUUAGUGGCAAUGAAUAUCAACGACAGUACUGCGGUGUCGCACUGGAGAGAAAGCAAUCGUGCGCUCCUGACCAAUGUUGGACAAGUCCGUAAAGCCAUUGUAGUCCAGCCGGAUCUGUUGCCACCGUUGGAAGUUUCGCAGUUACAUAUUAAUGAUGAUGAACAAAUUCCAACUCUACAAUAUAAUUACACCAAAGAUAAAGUAGAGAACCCCGAUCUUUUGUAUCAAGAACUGGCUUCUGACAACGAAUUAGACAAAUUAAUUUACGACGGAGGUUAUUACGAUUACAAUAUCGAUGACGAAGUGGCACCUCCUCGACCACCUCUACCAGGAGACGAUAUCCCACCGCCGAGACCUCCUCCCCCCGAGACGGAUGACGAAGAUGAGAUGUUUAUGCACGCUCCUCAACCCAAUCAACCGAUAAUGAUGGCUGCCCAUGGUCUGCAUCAAGAAGUGCGACAAUGGUCAAGUAAGGAUAACGAGAUCAUUGCCGCCGCCAAGAAAAUGGCCAUAUUGAUGGGCAGAUUAUCGGGACUGGUUAGAGGCGAGGGCGGCAACAAACGGGAUCUUAUCGCGUGUGCUAAAGCUAUUGCGGAAGCUUCUCAGGAGGUCACACGCCUAGCGAAAGAGCUCGCCAGAGAAUGUACCGAUAAACGUAUUCGAACGAACCUACUUCAAGUUUGCGAGCGUAUACCAACUAUCGGCACACAAUUGAAGAUACUGUCCACCGUGAAAGCUACUAUGCUCGGAGCACAAGAAACACUCCCGACCUGGGAAGAGCUGAUGCUUUACGAUGAAUUGAUUGGCUGCAGUACAGAGGAAGAUCAGGAAGCGACGGACAUGCUCGUUGGAAAUGCUCAGAAUCUCAUGCAGAGCGUAAAGGAAACAGUGCGAGCCGCAGAGUGUGCCAGUAUAAAAAUUCGUACUGCCUCUGGCAUGAAGCUGCGCUGGGUACGUCGUCAGCCCUGGUAUCAAUAUUAGAUUUUCCACGUGCAUCAAUGUGAGGAAAGUUAGAAUCUUCGGGAGGACAUGCAAAAUUUCAAUUGGUGUUCAUAUGUAUUAGCAGCAACUUUUCCAUGAUGUAUACAAAGAAAAAUCGCUAACAUAGACUAUAUUUCUAUAUAAAUUACAAGUAUAUGUGUGUGCUGCGUACAUGCGCGCACGCGCGCGUAUAUGUGUAUGUGUGUGUAAUACACACUGAUUACAUAAAUUAUGCUUCAGAGAAAUUAUGAACUAAUUUAUAUUAUACUUGUUUCGUCGAUUAAUUUUUUUUCUUUUUUCAUGAUGUUUUCAAGAGGAGACGAUACUUAUAGUUAUAUA